AAAAUAAUUGUGGGCGUCAAUUAUCGAAAAGCAAAAACACAAAACAAACUUAACAAUGAACAAUUAAUAAAAACCAAAAAUAAAAACAAAGCUAAAGCCAAAGCCAAAGGCACCUAAGUGAGUGACAAAGUUAAUGGCGGUGUGGUUUGGUGUAUCCAAUAACGACGCAAGCCACUAUUGGGGUCAAUACAAGUAUUAACGAAAUGUUUAUCUCUCGUGCAAUACAAACAGUAAUUGAAUAAUUUAACCCAAAAAAGAACAACAAAAGUACUGCAAAAUUUCAAUUUGAAAAAAAAAACGAAAAACCAAAUAUGCCCCCAAACCAGCACUAAAGAUUAGCAAUGACAGAUUAAACGUUGAAAUUAAACACUGAUAUGCUGCUUGUGCCACAAGUGCCGCACAACAUGUGUUAGAUGUCUGUUUUUGUGAGUUGAUAGACUAAAGGAAAAAAUUUUAAAUUAACCAAUUGGCCACAUUAUGCUAAACCAUUUCACCAACUGCCUUCCUCCUUCCAUCGUCGUUUCAGUUACGUAUGGAAAGUAUGUCAAAAAUGCACUUUUCUUGGUUUUAAUCAAAAGUCGAACAAUCACAAUUUUCAAGAAUUUACCUUGGUGAGACAUCGUGUACUACACUGGCUGACGGAAGGUUCUUUAGCCUCAAACAAAAACAAAAUGCAUUCAAUUCACAUGUUGUUUUUUAAUUAACAUUUCUUUUUUUUUUGGGUGUAAAAUGGUCAAGCACACGACCCACACCCAAGAGCCAUCCAACCAUCAUCACACACAUAUCGUGCAGUGCCGCCCGCCUAGAGCCCGACUACCAGUUGCUGAUGGGUCAUUCAGCCACGCUUUGGAGGGGCGUCUCUAAUUGGAUUAAGAACUUUGUGCGGCUGUAAUGUGUGUCUGUUUGCAAUUGAUAUGUUCUGUUUUGAUGUGCGCAACAACAAGCACGGGCGGGAAAUUUUGUGAAAAUCAAUCGCGAUUGAAAGUUUAAACGAAAAACAACGAAAAAAUUUCUAUUUAUUUUCGACGCAACAGAAACAUAUUGGAAAAAUAUAUAUAAAAUAAAAGUUAAAACGAAUUAUUAAACAAACAAAAAAUACAACAACAACACUAAAAUAAAAAAAAAAAAAUAAUAUAAACGAAAUACAUACAAAAAAAAAUAAGAAAAAUAAAGUGGCAAGUUUUUUUGAAAGGAAUUUGCUAAAUACCAAAGCAUACUUCUAGGCUUUGUUAAAAAAGACCCACCCAACAACUAACAAAGUCACCUCUGCCAUAUAUUCACCUCUAUAGUGUGUUCUUAAACCUUUACAACUUCAACACACCUCUGCAACACUUUUCAUAAUUUGUGCUUACCAUGAAAAUAACAAAGUAUACUUCAAGGCGCAAUAGUAUAAAGAAACGUAAGAACGCCAUGCCUCGAAAUUCCACUAUGCAUCCUGUCAACCCCAAAGCUCCCUUCUAUCCCCUGCUCAAACAUCGACCCACUGCUUUCAUACGCAAUGGCAUUAUUGGUGGCGGUGAGGGACCUGGAGCCAAUGGCCUUUAUCAGGUAGAUGAUCGCAUUUACACCACCACCAAAAUGUUUAUACGCGAUGGCUACAUGUAUCCCCGCCAAGCUGGCCAAACUAUGGAUCCACGCUUUCCUUAUGAGCUGCACGAGUUUCCCGAUGAGACGGGUGCCACAGGUCUUCAGCUGGUGGCCACCCCCAAAGUUCACAUAUCUGGCGAGUACUUGAAUCAAAGCAAUGGCAGUGGUGCUGCCACUGAUUAUCCCGCUAUGCGCUUUGGCGGUCAUGGCCCAAAUUCAUCGCUAACUCGUCGUGAUGCUCGUAAGGCAGCGGCUGAGAUUAACUUGGCCAAUGAAGUCUAUUGGCUGCAAAAGCAACGUGUACGUUCGCGUAGCAAUAGUUUGGGUCAGCGUGUUUUAAAUUGUGCCGGAGGAGCUGUCGCACCCAGUGUGGAUAGUUGUGAGGCAAUAACGACAGCAUCCUCAACGACCUUAGAUCGUAAUUACAUACGCAAUGUGGAUGAUCUUUUGCUAUCGCUAAAGCAACGAGAACAAAUGCAGUUACCACCAAGUGAAAGUGGUUAUUCGACAGCAUCAACGCGACGUCGGAAAAAGGGUGAUCGCACAACAUGGGAGUAUCAUACGGUUUCGGUAACUCGUGUGCCGGGCUAUGGUUUUGGUAUUGCCGUUUCCGGCGGUCGUGACAAUCCCCAUUUUGCUAAUGGUGAUCCUUCCAUUGCCGUCUCGGAUGUUCUAAAAGGUGGACCAGCUGAAGAUCGUUUACAAGUCAACGAUCGUAUUAUAUCCGUUAAUGGUGUCUCUCUUGAAAACGUGGAAUACGCCACCGCUGUACAAGUUUUACGUGACAGUGGUAAUACCGUAACAUUAGUUGUUAAACGCCGUGUACCCCUCAAUACUGUCGUCACAAAUCCCCAACAGCAGCAGCAACAACAACAAAUGCAUCAGCACUCACACAGCAUGAGCAAUGCCGGCCUGAAUUCCAUGCCACCAACGAAUGGCAUCAAUUCCAUGGUGGUACCGCCCAAUUCCGCAGCAAUGAGUCAACCAAAUUCCCUCAACUCUUCAUUGGUCCAAGGCAAUGGGCCAAGCAUGAGUCAACCCAUAAAGGUAACCCUUACAAAAAAUAGUAAAAAAGAGGAUUAUGGCAUUGUACUCGGCUGUCGACUCUUUAUCAAGGAGAUCUCCUCAAAGGCCCGUGAUCAGUUGGCCGCAAAUGGUUAUUCAUUGCAAGAGGGUGAUAUCAUAACACGCAUACACAAUACCAAUUGUGCUGAUACCAUGAGCCUCAAAGAGGCCAAAAAGAUUAUCGAUGGCUGUAAGGAGCGUUUGAAUAUGGUUGCUCUGAGGGAUAUCACCAAUCAACCGGCCAUAACAGUGGUAAACCAACUGAACAAUUCCAAUGCCCAGGGUAAUAUUUAUGCCCAACACCAACCUCAGCUAUCGAAUUGUAGCAACAAUCUGGAUGAUCCAUAUUUGAAUGGUGGCGCCACUUACUCCUCACAGAAUUUGUAUGUGCAGCCUCCCACCCGUACCUCAAAUAAUGGUCCUGUUAAUGGUUUAAAUGAUGAGAAGAGCAAUUUGACUCCCAGGGGAAGAUCUAGGGGGCCCAUAAUGGAGGGUGUGUCUUUGCAGCAAUUGGACAGACCGGUGACACCACCCAAUGCCAGCAGCUCACGUUCACGUCUAGAUGAACCGCCCAGACCACCACCACCACGGGGAGCGGCCUCCAAUGGAGGUGAAGAUUUCUACAGUUCUCGUCGUCAGCUGUACGAGGAUGAGUCACUUACCAGAUCUCGUCAAUCAUCGGAGCCCAGAUUUAUAUCAUUCCAAAAAGAAGGCAGUGUGGGCAUACGUCUGACCGGAGGCAAUGAGGCGGGAAUAUUUGUUACUGCUGUACAGCCAGGCUCUCCGGCUUCCUUGCAGGGCCUUACCCCUGGCGAUAAGAUUUUAAAGGUGAACGACAUGGAUAUGCUAGGAGUCACACGAGAAGAAGCAGUUCUAUUUCUGCUCUCCUUGCAAGAUCGCAUAGAUCUCAUAGUGCAGUAUUGCAAGGAGGAAUACGAUGAGGUGGUCAACAACCAACGCGGCGACUCAUUCCACAUUAAAACACACUUCCAUUGCGAUAAUCCUUCUAAAGGUGAAAUGGCUUUUAAAGCAGGCGAUGUGUUCCGAGUCAUAGACACAUUACACAAUGGUGUAGUGGGUUCGUGGCAAGUGUUGAAAAUCGGUCGAGGACAUCAGGAAAUGCAACGAGGUGUCAUACCGAAUAAAUCGCGUGCAGAGGAAUUGGCAACGGCGCAAUUCAAUGCUACCAAAAAGGAGAUGAAUGCUAGUGAAUCAAGGGGCAAUUUCUUUAGGAGAAGACGAUCAACACAUCGUCGUUCCAAGAGUUUGUCUCGUGAAAACUGGGAUGAUGUUGUCUUCUCGGAUAGCAUUUCCAAAUUCCCAGCCUACGAAAGAGUGGUGCUACGCCAUCCCGGUUUUGUGAGACCAGUUGUUAUCUUUGGUCCCAUUUCUGAUUUGGCUCGUGAAAAGUUGGCUAAAGAUUACCCCGACAAGUUCUCCACUCCCUUGCAAGACGAUGAUAAAACUAACAAUUCCAAGUGUCGCAUUGUUCGUCUCUCGAAUAUACGCGACGUCAUGGACCGCGGCAAGCAUGCCCUGCUUGAUAUAACACCCAAUGCUGUGGACCGUUUGAAUUAUGCUCAAUUCUAUCCCAUUGUCAUAUUCCAAAAGACCGACAGCAAGCAUGUCAUAAAGCAACUGCGCCAAGGCAUGCCCAAAUCAGCCCACAAAAGUUCAAAGAAACUUUUGGAACAAUGCCAGAAACUGGAGCGUGUGUGGUCGCACAUCUUCAGCACCCACAUUGUGUUAAACGAUGAGGAGAGUUGGUAUCGUAAAUUGCGGGAUGCCAUAGAUCUGCAACAGAGCGGUGCCGUUUGGAUGUCCGAAACAAAGCCUGUUGAGUCCUUAUCCGAUGACUUCCUAUUCCCAAUGACCUCAAACCGUUUGUCGUAUGCAUCAAGUCCUGAAUCCGAUUUGGAAUUAAGUCCCGGGCCGUCAACAUCAUUAUCUUUGGGCAAUUUACCGCAAUUGGUGAAAUCAAACUCUGAUCCUUCGAUUGCCACAAAUCAGGAUAACUUGGAUAGGGAUAGAGACAUAAUUGGUGAAGGAUUACCACCUCCAUAUACGAUUCCUUUUGAUCAUACCACCACUACUCAGCCACCACCAAAUCGUCGCCAGACCAUGGAUACUAGCAAAUAUGGUGGUUACCCCUCCAAUUCGAAUCUUCUCAAUUCGGAUCCUUCAACACCUUCCACACGACCGCAGUCGUUGUAUGGCAUAAACGCCCCAGAUUUGCCGCCUCGCAUUGAUCGUCAGUCCAAGCCAGGACCCAAUGAUAUUGUAAGCCCCUCUACUACCACAAACACCCCUUCGCGUUCGAAUAGUUCCGGGGGCACUUUGGGCCGUUCAGCUCAAGAACGUCUCUUUGGCAAGGCCAUUGUUAGUGAUGAUGUUCAAGCAGAAUAUAUUUCAAGAAAUGCCGUCAAUCCUAAUGGUGUUGGUGCGGGUGAUACCAUGGAAAGGCAUCAUGCCUCUCUGGAGAGACAAGCCCGCCUAAAUGCUGCACAAUCGAAAAUACCGGGAACAAAUGCGACCGCUGCAGCCAUAGCCACCCCACAACAGAAUGGUUCAAGCUAUGACAGUGUAUCCAGUUAUGAUUCUUACAAUGCCUCCCAGUUGACCAUGCAAAAUUUGGGACGUUUGGGUCCCAAUGCUCCGGAUGAUCUCAAAUCAGUGCCAAAUGCCAAUGCUGGCCGUCCUUUGCCACCUGUAGGCAUGGGUAGCCAACCGGCUGACUACGCUCGUACCACUCACGAUCAUCGUCCUUAUGGUGGUGCCAAUGAUCUUAAUCGUCAGAGCAGUCCUGGUAGACCACCAUAUCAUGAUAUGAAUGCGGCAAGAAAUAUUGAUCCUCGUAAUGGUACGCCUCAACGUCCCUCAAAUUUGGGCCUCGAGGGAAGUCCCCGAAAAGUGGAAACCAAAACUGAUUAUGGAAAAUACAGUCGCAAUAAUUCUGCAUCACAAGCUGAUUACAACAAAAUACCCAAAAAUCCGGGCAUGCCUCACAUGGUGGUACCUCCACCCAAUGUUAAUGGCAAUAUGAAUGGCUCUGCAGGACCAAAUGGAGCCAGUGGACCAUUUAAACCAGUGCCACCACCAAAACCUAAGAACUAUAGACCACCUCUACAGAAUGCUGGAAAUGGCAAUGGUCCAAACCAAUGGGAAAAUCAGGAACCUGGUUCUCCCCGUUCUCCCAAUGGCUUCUAUUACCCACCAGCACCUCAACAUCAUCAUUAUGGCCAACAAACUCCUGGAUCUCCGCACACAAAUGCUGCUAAUAUGCAACCUACCUAUGGUAGCAAUAAUAACUAUGGCCCUCCCAAUGCAUCGAGUUAUCCUGCAGCAAAUGGCUACAAUGGCAAUGCUACAUCACAUCAUUAUAAUGGUGGAAGUGGCACUGGACCGUAUAUAGCACCCCAUAGGGGUAUGCCUCCCCCAAUAGGUAAUCUUCCCCCUCCUCCCCAUACCCCGGAACGUCCUGGUUUAGAUUUGGCCGGUAGUCGUGAGCAACGUGGUUCUGCCUUUGAAUUAUAUCGUAAACCUCAAAUUGGUACUGCUGGACACCAUCACAACAUGAGCGAAUUGGAGUCAUAUGAUCAACAGCAAAUUUACGAAGAUUACUACGCUAUGCCUCCGCCACAAAAUCCACCUCCAAGAUCUAGAUCUGUGCCACGUUAUCCGCAUGAAAGACCACCACAUGUGCAAGAUCCCAAUUAUUAUAGUUAUGGAGGCGGCCAGUUACCACCACCUUUGCCGCCAUCUCAUCCUCACCAUCAGCAUCAGCAACAACAACAACAACAACAUCCUCAACAACAGUAUUACAAUGAAAACGACAUGCCACCACCUUUGCCACAUAAAAUCAAAAAGAAAUCAGUUUUGAAAAGUCCUCUUACAGCGCUAAAAAAUGCUUUUAUGAAAAGUACACGUCCUUUAAGGCGUAUUAAUAGUCUGGUUGAUCCAGACCGUAAACCCAGUAAAUCAGCUUUGAAAAGGCAAAACUCCAUGCUAGAGAGGGGCAUGCAAAGACCCUACUACCCCGAUGAGUAUCCCACCUAUCCGGCGGGUUUUGAUGAUCGCUACUAUGGAGGGCGUGGCAGAAGUGUACCAGCCAGUGCCAUGAGAGGAGGAGGUGGAGGAGCUGGUAGGGAGCAACAGUAUUAUGAUCAACUUCCACCAAAUGCCUAUGGCUAUCCCUCACCGGAUGUCAUGAAUAGCACCUAUCAAAAUUUGGGCGAAGAAGACAUUUAUGGGCACAUGGGCACAGUACCAGGCCGAGAACAACGCCUAGCAAGAGAACAUCCUCCCUACGAUCCUUAUGGCUUUUCAGAUCAGGAUGAUAUUUAUGCCAAUAGAGCUUGCAUAGAUUUAGAGAGAAGGCAUAUGGAGGCUGCCCAAAAUCGCAAUGGCAAACGAAUAGUGAGACGCCAUAGUACCACCACAGCAGAUCGCGCUCAUGGACGCAGACCUCAUGCAGCUAUGGCCGCAAGUCCCCAGACAAACAGUUAUGAACAGGAUGAUAUCUAUCAAAGUAAACAGGGAGCCUAUAUGCUGGACAAUCAGCGCAGGGCUCCCAACUCUGAAGUCAUGGCUCGCCGCAGAUUCUAUCCGGGAGCGGCCAAUGAGCAGGCGGAAAUCCAUGAACCUGUUUAUCAGUCGCGUCGCGAAAUGCAACGUGAAAUGCAAAGGAAUCAUUUGUAUCAAACUAAAAAGGAAAUGCAAGAUCGCAUAUCUCAGGGCAAGCGGGAAAUGGAGAGGGAGUUCAGUCCCCAAAGUGGUAGCCAAUCGGAAAAAGAUGAUAAGUCUGAAAAAGAACCCAUCUAUCAGUCGCGCCGAGACAUGGUUAAAGAGAGUGCCUUGAAAACACGAGCCCAAUUAAGGGAUCAGAUAUACCAGACUAGGCGAGAAGCUUUGGACAGCAUGGCGGAGCCAUCGUAUAUCUCCAAAAGGGACAUGGGAAGACCAGAGCCCAUUUAUGAGACAAAAGAGGAGAGUAUUUUACAAUCACGAGAAAAUGAAACGGAUGAAAAGAAAGAGAGCAAAACAGAAAUUAAUACCCAGGCAGAAAUUAAUCAUGAAGGGGGAGCAGCAGGUUCAGAUCGUUUAAGUCCCAGCGAUUUGCAAAAAUCUUCCGACACUGUCAUUGAAAUGUCAGCUGCAGAGAAGAGUGCUCCCUUGGCUCAGAACGAUGAAGAUGAUUUGGAAAUGGGCGGGGUCUCCAAAGAUUUCGAUAGAACCGACAUGCAUACCAUCAUAGAGAACAAACACAAUCAGGGUAUGUUGGAGCAAACCGACAUGGAGGCAAAUGAGACGAAUGACACCCAGGAUAUAUCCGAUGAUGUUUUUGAAAUACCUCAAGCGGUUUCAUCCCCAUUGGUAGUGGAAGGCCCUCCCAUAGAACCAUUGGAGCCACCCAAACCCACAUUGCCUCUAACGCCACGAUCUUCGAGAGCCCCAUUUCAUAUAUCGAAUAUUCUGAAGAGAACUGGGCCACCGCCUCUGAAGAAAUUAAGCGACAGCCGAACAUCUAUAGAAACCCAUUACACCUCCCAGGCCAGUUUGCCAGUGGGUCCACCUAAUGCCACCAGUACACCUUACACCAGUAACAUGUCCCUGCCCAUUGCUGGACCAGUGCCCACCUCGGCACCAGCAGCGGCCAGCUUACCUGGCAAAGGUUCAUUUCCCACUGUGCCGAGAGAACCUUCCACCUGUCGUGGCAUAUUCGACUCAAAUGGCGGCACUUUGGCCGAUAAUGUAUGGAAUGUUUCAUUGCAUAUACCACCGGGAGCCAUAGCUCCGGGAGUUCGGCAAGAAAUCUAUUUCACCGUUAGCGAUCCACGUAUGGGUCAAGCUGUUGGUGGCCCACCAUUGGAUAUGGAAAAUGGUGAAACCAUGCUCUCACCUCUUGUAAUGUGCGGACCCCAAGGUCUGGAAUUUCUAACACCUGUUACCCUUAAUAUACCCCACUGUGCGGGAAAGACAACAUCUUUGGGUCUGGCCUUAAAGGCAACGGAUAGUGAAAAAAAUAUUCAUACCGAAUGGGAUAACAUCGAUUUACCAAGUAAUGCGGCAGCCCAUACAGUAUCUGUAAAAGUAGAUCAUUUCUAAGGAAGUCUAAGGAACCCCCUCCCAUGCGAAAUUACAAAAGAAUUAAACGAAACAUAUAUAAGUUAUUUUUGUUUUUAAGUUAUUUACCCAUGCAUAAAAAACAUAAUUAUUGUAUUAUUCGAAUGUACAUAGACCAUAUAUUAGAAUAUCGUAUCAACUAUGUUUAAUGAUUAUUACUAUUAUUUUUUAAAACAAAUUGUUUUAUAGUUUUAAAGACAAAAUAAUCUAUUGCUAAAUGGAAAAUGAACUGGACAAAGAAAGUUCUUUUUGAAGGAAUGUUACUUAGACCUUUAGCUUUAAAGGGUCAUUGAGGAACUCUUUUUUCAAAAAGGAACUAAGAGAAUUUUUAUUUAACUUAACUCAACAUAUAACGAACGACUUUCAAAUCUUGACAUCAUACAAACAUUUGAAACGAAACAACAUUUAUUAAACGCAGAGAAAGUUCGAAGCAAUCCCUCGAAUAUAUAGAAAAGUCCUAUUACAUAUAGCAUGUAUUUUGUAAAUAUUUUUAUUAUUGAAAUAUUCGUAUAUACAUAUUUUUUUUUUUGUUUUUAUAGUUAAACUCUUAAAACAUUUGGAAUGAAACAAAAAGAAUUAAACUGCAAAUAUUUAAGUUCCAUUCACUGUUUCUUAAUUUUAAGCAUUUUAAAUGUUUAAUGUAUUUGUGUACAUCUAUGUAUGUUUAUUUAGUUCCAUUUGCACUUGUAUUUUUUAUAAUUACUAUUAUUAUUAUUUGAUGAUGAUUGUAUAUGCUUUAAAUAUUUUUAAACUCGAAUUACUAUGCUGUUUACUCAAAAAAAAAAAAAAAACGAAAUAAAAAUAUUGAAAUGACUAAUUAUAAGCAUUAAAAAUUCAGAAUGUAAUGUCGUCAUAUUAAAUUUUAUUGUAAAACAAUCUCGAAUGAAAGAAUGAUAAAAACUAAUGAUGAAUAACCGUUGUAAUACGAGUAACCAUUAAUUAUUCUAUUUACCACAUAACUACACACAUAAUGUUUUUUCACAUUUAUACACAUUUACAUGCGAAUACAUACAUACAUGCCCCCACUUCAGACAUAAUAAUAAAUAAAUCAAUAAAAUACAUGGAAAAGCUUCAAUAAAAAAUAUAUAAAAAUUAAAAAAAAAAAAAAAUAUCAAUAUUUACUAAA